AUGCUCUCCACCAAGACCAUCCUCACCAUCUCGGCGCUCGCGACCGCCGCCCUCGCUGCUCCCAGCGUCGGCAUCGACGACAAAGGCCUCGGCUACGGCGGCUACGGCAACAAGGGAGCCGUCGCAUACGGCGGUGCCGCCGAGAAGGAGCAAGCCGCCGACUGGGCGAACGCCGAGAAGCAGGCCGAGGCCGCCAACCACGCUCAGGCUGCUCACUCGGGCGCCGAGCAGGUUGCUGCCCACAACAAGGAAUACAACCACGCCAACGGCGCGUACGACAAGGCCCAGGGCAACGCUCAGGAGUGGAAUACCGCCAAGAAGUUCGGCGGAAAUGCUGGUCACGGCAACGCGUACAACAGCGGUGCUGAUGUCGCCGAGCACGAGGCUCAGAACAACGGCCACGCCGCUGCUUACGGCUCGAAGCUUGGUGGCUACGGCGGAUACGGCGGCGCCAAGGGCAAGGCGGUCUUCCUCUUCGACGGCAUCAAGAAGGACAUCAACAACCGCGAGUUCUACUACGAGGAGUUCUGCUACAAGCAGUUCAACAUCGCCGAGCAUAACGCUGAUGUUGCCAAGCACAACACGGCUGUCGUCGGUGGUGCUGCCGGCCUCGGCGGCAGUUACGGCGGCGAAGGCUUGAAGGACAAGAGCGGCGUCCACAAGCGUAGCGUCCUCGGCGGCGGCCUCGACGGCGGCAUCUUCGACAAAGGCGCAUUCCUCGACGGAUGGGGUUCGAUCGACGCCUUUGACGGCGGAUACGGCGGCAAGGGUCUCGGCCUCGUCGGCGGCGCGUACGGCGGCAAGGGCUUUGUCGGCUCGGGCUACGGCGGUGCUGCGAAGCAGGGCCACGCCAACGAGUGGGCCGACGCCGACCACUACAACAACGGCGCCAACUACGCCAAAGCGCUGAACCUCCAUCAUCCACUCUCGCUAGGCUAUGGCUCCGGCUACGAGAGCAAGGGGUUUCCUGGGCUCGAAAUCUGCUGUCGACCUCAGCACCGCCCUUCGCGGCUUGCGGGAGCGAACGUCAUCUGCACUCUCGGAUUGGCGCAGUCCGUGGCUUCCGAGCGGGGAGACGAGGCGUGA